CGUUGACGUUCUGCUGAAACCAGUAUCGAUACACAUUUGACGUUCUUGCCAGUGGCCCUGGUCUUGCUUUCCUAAGAAAAUAUAAAUAUAACCAAAAUGAAUGGCGAUACAUCUGUAGGGAAUUACCUGAUUGAAUUUUGCAAAUCGAGUCCGGAAAUCCGCAGAUCUAUGGACGAGUUCGAAGCAGCACUCGAGAAGAGCACUUACAUCAACAAGCAAAUGUGUCAACAUUAUAAGCCUCUGAUAUGGUGCGCUGACUCUGCAAUUGGCCCAGAGGACAGGCCACGUGUUGAGACACUAAGUGAGGACAAGAAGAAAAGCUCCACAGACGUGCGCCACACCUUGAUUAAGUCUAUAGUCUUCGCAUCCAAGAGCUUCGAUUACCUCCAGGCCAAGCUAAAGGUACCCCAGGUCGAAUCGAUCGAAAUGAACUCGCCGGGAGCAUUGAGUUCCAUUGACGUGUUGGAAGCACUCGGAGUCUUACCCAAUGAGACGCACAGAGAGCAGAACAAUUUCACAGGAUUUCCGGACUCGUUGCCAACAGUGGAAAAAGGAAGCUCUUUGGAGGAGCCUAUGGUUCUGGACAAGCCAGAUGCCUAAAGACAGCAAAAGGCGUUAAAAGUACAUUUUUGGUCGCAGAAAGCCCCAACACCGGACCAUGAACUUAAACAACAAUUCGGCAUGGAUCCAAAUAUGUUAGAACGAAGAUUAUAAACAAAACAUUGGUAUACUCGUACCAGUGAAAAAUGAAUUUAAGCAGCUGAUAUUAUUAUUUUUUAAAUAUUACAUGUUGAAAGGAUCGGAUCAGAAAAUAAUCGAAUUUUAUAUUGUUUACAUUUAAAUAAAAUUGUAAGUCAU